AUGAUUCUUUUUAAGGAUUUUUUAGAGGCAGCAAGCAAUAUGUUGAACGGAUCCUGGCAUGAGAGCAACACAUCWAUWSKCCAGGACUUGUCAUCAGRAUACCUUAAGUCUGUGGAGGGUCUGGUGAAAAAUAUCCAAGUGAACAAGACCAGCCAUAUCAGCAWGCCAAACUUGGACUUCAAAGUCUGCUCWGAAGCGGARUGUGAUUUAUCAGUGUUUAACGUCAGCGUGGCCCUAAAUAGCACCAGCAAGUUGAAAACUGUUGCUGUGAAAAAUCUGGUGGAUAAAUUAAAUUACCCAAUUCAGCAAACAUUACUACCUCCGAACAGCAUUUUUAUAAUAGCCACACUAGAGAACAGCAGUAUGUCGUCUUUCAAUAUUACAAUGGAGCACCUGAACCAAACACCACUAUGUGUCUACUGGAACCACACGGGCUGGUCACAAGAAGGUUGCACAUUUGAGCCUAGUGACGGUAACAACACAAUCUGCAAGUGCAGCCACCUAUCUGCAUUCUCUGUCCUCAUGUCCAAGAACGAUACACCUAACCCUGCCCUAGAUAUCAUCACCUAUGUGGGCUUGAGUGUGUCCAUCUGCUSUCUGCUGAUCCUACUCAUCAUUGAGUCUCUGGUGUGGUCUGCUGUGGUCAAGACUAAUCUCUCUCAUUUCCGUCACACAGCACUAGUGAACAUCGCCACAUUCCUCUUGCUCGGCAACUGCAGUUUUUUGGCCUCUGCCUCACCUGAGAUUCUCAGUGAUGACUGGUGCUUAAUUUUGACCAUAUGCAAACACCUAUUUUUUUUGGCCAUGUUUGGCUGGAUGCUGUGCAUGAGCAUCAUGCUUGUCCACCAGCUCAUCUUUGUCUUCAGCCCACUUAGGAAAAGAGUCUUCAUGUUGUUCUCCAGCAUCGUAGGCUACGCUUGCCCAACUCUCAUUGUGGCAAUCAGCUAUUUGUAUUGCAAAUACACCAACAAGAACUACCAUGAUAAAGAAACAUGCUGGCUWGUUUUUGAGAAAGUCUUGGAGGGGUCAAUGCAUGCUUUCYUCCUCCCUGUGGGAACUAUWAUUUUCAUAAAUCUUUUUUCCAUGAUGGUCGUCAUUKUAACUCUGAUGAAGUCCUCGGUCCCUGAUGGCAGCAAGGCGGAUGAUAAGGAGACAGCUAAGAGCAUUAUUARAGUGAUGGUCUUCYUAWCACCRSUUUUUGGAGUAACAUGGGGUAUUGGCUUMCUUCAGCUGAUSUUUAAMGAAGGCCAACUGGRGCAUACUAUUGCUAGGUACAGUUUCACCAUCCUCAAUGCUUUCCAGGGCUUUUUUGUAAUGUUGACAGGGUGUUUUGCAGAGCRAAAGGUGCGAGAAGAACUGUUAAACCGAAUGUUYAAAGGAAAACAUGACAGCCUGAAGAAUUCAWCCACAUUUACAAAGGACAAAUGA